GGUAUGCAUUCGAAUCGUUUCUUACAAACGUCUUCUCCGUUGGCAUGAUCAUCCGCUGCCUGGCGCGUGGAAGGAUUACCACAAUUGCCGCAUCAUAACAUUCCCUCACCUUGACAGAAGUGCGUGGAACAUACCGCAGCAUGUCGUCCGUGGUGCCGGCGAAUCCGACCUCGCACAAUGUUGCCUCCAUCCUGGGCAAGCUCCAAGAUGCCGACCCAGAUAUACGCUACAUGACCCUCAACGACUUACACACCAUGAUGGGGAAUGGAGCCAGUAACUUCCUCAUACAUGACUACACCACGUGCGCCAAGGUCGUGGACGGCCUACUCAACACACUGAACGAUACCAACGGCGAUGUGCAGAACAUGUCGAUCCAGACACUGGGCUCUUUUGUUCGAAAAGCGCCGGAGAGCAUACUAUGUCCGACCAUUGAGAAGGUCAGCAACAUCCAGACGGGCAACUCCAUCGACACGACCGUGGCAGCAUUAGCGGUGCGAGCGAUAGUGGUCAACCUGGCGCAUCCGGUACCCGGUGCUCCGCGGAGCCAGAAGGUGCAAGAGUCUUACAAUGCGGUCUCGAAGGCCCUUGUACCACGUCUUGUUGGCUAUGUGGUCAUUCCGCUCGGCAACAAGAACCUGCCCGCGCCGCCGAAGGGUAUGCUCGAGAUGGACCUCGAAACUGGCAGCGACAGCAACAGUCUAGAUCUGCUGAGUGAGGUGGCGAAGUGCUUCGGACCGAUGCUGCAAGAAUCGGAGGUGGAAGCGCUCGAAAAGAUCACCAUGCAGAUACUGGAGAGCGAGAAAUGCGGGACGGUCAUGAAGAAGAAGGCCGUCAACGCACUUUCUGCACUGGCACCAUACUUCACCGAUGCUCUACUAGCGCAUCACGUGAGCUACAGCAUUGAGCGGCUCCGCCAGCCACAUAUCACUCCGCAGCAGCGCAAGCUCUAUCUCACCGUUUACGGCAGCUUAGCAAGAAGCAUACCGCAGAAGUUCGGGCCCUAUCUGAAAACGCUUGCUCCCUUCGUAAUCGCACCAUUGAGUCAAGAAGAGCUUGACCAGCAGCGAGAGCAGGAGGCCGAGAACGAAGGUGAGCGUGAUAUUCAGAUGGAAGAGGUCAGAGAAGCUGCUUUGAUCGCAAUCGAGAGCUUCCUGCGAGCCUGCGCGCAGGAUAUGCGAGCGUACACGAAGGAAGUGGUGGAAGCUACGGCUCGCUUCUUGAAGUAUGAACCGAAUGUGGCAGAUGACGACGAUGAAGACAUGGAAGAGGAGCCAGAGGAGGACGGAUUCGAGGUCGAGGAAGACUUUGAGGAGGAGACUGGGUUUGAGGAUGAGGACGAUGUCAGCUGGAAGGUCAGGCGGUGCUCAGCCAAAGCACUACAUGCCCUCAUCGAGACACUUGAUCCAAAUGAUCUAGUGGUGUACGAUCAGGUUGCGCCAGCUCUUAUAUCACGAUUCAAGGAGCGAGAGGAGAGCGUGCGAAACGAGGUGAUCGCGACUCUCUGCUUCCUCGUGAACAAAACUGGUGCCUCAUUAGGAACCCACCUCGACACAACUGCGGACCAUGUCCUACCACCGAGUCGCAAGCGAAGAAGGGGCCUGAGCGACUCCCUCGGGUCCGACCUUCAGGAUCAUCAAGCGACCAUGAACGGCUACGCGUCGCCGGCUACACCCCCUCCUACGGACAACGCUACCAAAGGCCUAGCGACUAUCAACCCAGACAUUAUCAAGGGAGCAGUUAAGCUUCUCAAGAGCAGCACAUUACCCACGAAACAAGUUACUAUCCUGUUACUCAAGGACAUGGUGACAGCUCAAAAAGGCGGACUCUCUGACCACGCAGAUCAACUCAUUGAGCCCGUCCUUGACACGAUAUCAGGUCUGGGUAGCAGUGCUUCAAACGUGGCAGGUAAUGCACUCCGUGUUGAGGUUUUACAGCUUCUUCGCGUCAUUGCAGACUAUCACUCAAGCAAAGUCAUCCAAGCUUUCCUACAGAAGAUAAUACCGGCGCUGGCCAAAGCGGCUAGGGACCGCUAUGCGAAGGUAUCGGGCGAGGCGUUCGCGACUGUCGAAGUCUUUGUGAAGGCUCUCACUCCUCCCCGAUCCGCUGCGAGCAGAACCCAGAACGCCCAGUACCUCGGCCAGCUGUACCAAGUAAUCACCGAGCGGAUAACCGCGACGGAUACGGACACCGAUGUUCGCCAAAAGGCUGUUCAAGCGCUUGGCUUGCUCAUCGGCCGUGCUAGCGGUGCGGCUGGAUCAAGCCUGCUAAGCCAGCAAGACCGCUUCGCCGGCCAGCAGCUGAUCGCCGACCGUCUCAAGAACGAGCUUACUCGCCUGCCCUGUGUCCGUGCGGUUGACACGAUUGCCGUCCUAGCACAGAGCAAGAAAGACUUCAAGCCCGACUUCGUACCAUCUGUCGCGGUCGAGCUUUCUGGGCAGCUGCGAAAGUCGAGCAGGUCUUUGAGAGGUGCGAGUCUUAGCGCACUCCGCAUGCUGGCCGUCAACCAGGCAUCUCGGGCAUGCAUGGAUGAUGACACUAUCACGCACAUCAUCCAGAUGCUCAUACCGUUGCUACGCACAGAUGACUUGCACAUGUUGGGGCCUGCCCUUGUAGUGCUCGCCGCUUUCGCGAAGGACAAGCCGGCACUCGUCGCCAACCAGUCUGUCAUCAGUGGCAUCUGCGACAUUGUCACCUCUUCAAUCUCUGGAGCGGCCCUGGACGCCCUGGUUGCCUGCGUUGAGGCUAUCGGUCUUGCAGGUGCGGGUAAGGACUUGAUGCAGGCCCUUCUGAACGUUGGUGUCCGAGGCGACAUCGAUGUCACGGGGCGGGUAGUUGGGACCCUGCUUGUUGCCGGUGGCAGUAAGGUCGGCGUCAAGCUCGAUGACUUCGUGAAGGAACUGGAGACGCAACGUGAUGAAGCGAGAAAGUGCCUCGCAUUGUCCGUGCUGGGUGAGGCCGGGCUACGCCUAGCGACCGAGAGCCCACUGAAGCCUCAGAGCUUCAUGCCUUAUUUCAGCAACGGUUCGGACAAGGUCAAGCUCGCUGCAGCUGUCGCUCUCGGCCGGGCUGGUGCUGGAAAUGUACAGGCAUACCUGCCCAGUAUCAUGGACGCGCUGGCGCAGGGCAAACAGUACUUCCUCCUUCAUUCCGUCAAAGAGCUGCUGCAACAUAGCAAUGCCGAGGACGACAUUAAGCCCUAUGCGCAGACGCUUUGGCAGAACAUCAUCAACUCCGGGCAAGCCGAGGACAACAAGGUGGUCGGUGCUGAGUGCGUUGGGAGGCUUGCCAUCAUUGAUCCAGCCGCCUACCUACCCCAGCUCCAGACCUUCCUGCAAAAUCCCAACUCUGCGGUUCGCGGCAUGGUCAUCUCGGCACUGCGGUACGUCUUCUCCGACACGGACGAAACGUACGAUGGCAAUUUACGCAGCUCCAUAAUACCAAUGCUAGCAACCAUGCUCGCCGACUCCCACCUCGAAGACCAACGCCUUGCGCUUACGACGUUCAAUUCAGCAAUCCACAACAAGCCUGGACUUGUCUUGCCCCAUCUAUCCGAUCUGCUGCCGUACGCCAUGCAAGCUACAAUUAUUCGGCCAGAGCUGGUACGUGAAGUGCAGAUGGGUCCUUUCAAGCACAAGGUCGAUGACGGCUUGGACAUUCGCAAGUCCGCCUACGAGACCCUAUACGCCCUACUCGACUCGCCGGCAUCACGCCAGCGGCUUGACAUGCUUUCGUUCUAUGACCGCAUCGUGGCGGGGGUGACUGACGAGCAUGAGAUCAAGAUUUUGUGCUGCCUCGUACUCGGCAAGCUUCUGACAAUCACCCCCGCUGAGUCGGCUCGCCGGAUGGACACACUGGCCCAGCACUUCCGGUCCGUCCUUGCCUUCAAGCCGAAAGAGAACGCUGUAAAGCAAGAGCUUGAAAAGUUGGCAGAAGAGCAGCGGGCUGUUGUCAAGGUGUCAGUGUCCUUCAGCAAGGCGCUGGGUGCCGAGGACAGCAGAGCAUGGAAGGAGUACUUCGACUGGGUUAGGAAGGACUUCAACCAGUCCGUGAAGGCGGCUGAGGAGGAGCUCAAGGGUAGCAAUGACCGCGCCUAGGAAGCAUUGGGAGCGCACGCGGCCUGAGAUCUUGUCCUCGCGGCCUGGAGCCUUCACGAACACUACAGGGCCAAUAGAGCUAUAAAGUACUUAAGCUUCUGCCCAGUAUGGCGCGCAGUGGCAGUAUUAAUCACGUCAGUGCGAGCGGACCUUGCACAGUAUGUGUAAGGCUCAAGGAAACGUCGAACGAUA